AUCGCACAGGGAGGUGUAAAAAAGUUUGAUUAUCCAAAGUACGUGUGGUCUCCCUCCGGUGGAUGGUGGUGUAAUCCGCGUAAUUGGAAGAGGAACACAGCAAUAGCAUUUGGUGUUAUUUUUGCACUGUGUGUACCGGUUCAUAUUAUCAGCUGGUCUUUAGAGGUAAAGUGCAUAUAGUUUAAGAGAACCGUUGAAUGUAGACAAUUUCCCAGUGAUGCAUAUUAUUGAAACUCCAAGUUGCAUUGAAGUAUAGACCUCUAAUUUGGCUUGUAUGUUUUGUUUCCCAAAUAGAGUUUUUCUGUAUCUUCUGUUUUUUACAGGCCUUUGCUUUUCCGAAGCAUGUGUAAUUAGCAUAUUUUUUGAGAGAACUCGUUAAUGCAAAAAAAGUGCAACGUGCAUGUGUCAAACCUUUCCCUGAUCCAAACAAGAGACUAUGGUUCCAUCGUUUCUGAGCUUUAUUAGCAAUGUACUGCUAUUUAUAGCCGGGGGGGGCACUCAAGGGAAGUCUAGGUAGAGGUGUGCCACCCAGGCCUUCAAAUCCCAACCCUGUUUAAGACAAAAAUGGCUCAUUUCACUACCCUGUUUAAGACAGGAGACGCUACUUUCUGACCCUAAUUUGUUUUGUUUUGCUUACAGAAUUAAGUAAUUUUUUACACUAAAAUCGUGGAAAGAGAUUUUUAGGAAAAAAAUUAUUGGUAUUACAAAAUGUAGACCACUCAUUGCAAGUCUUUACACUCUUUGAAAGGCUUCCAGUCUGCAGUCCAAAAAGACACCCUGUUUAAGACGCUCAAUAGUGAAAUAGUAUACCCUGUUUAAGACUCAACACCGUGAAAACCAUACCCUGUUCAGCAGCACAUACCCAUAUAGGCCAAAUAAGGAGUGCCCCCCUCCCCCCCGCGUAUUUAUGUCACGAUAUCUACAGUUUCCACGUCAAUACGAUGGCAAUCAGGGAUUUAUACAUGUCAAUGCAAGUGUGUGGAAUAUGCGGGCUGUAAAUCCCUAAUAUUUCUGAUUUUUAACUUGGGAGAUGCUCAAAAGACUUAGGAAUGUUGUUGAACGAAUUGGGCAUGACAUAGAGAUGCGAGUACAAAAUUGUUGGCUUCCACGUCACCGAGAACAUUGAACUCGCCCCUUCAGACUUAGUAUCUUUGAGUGAGUACUUAUGAUGUUCAUUUGGUUGCAUCAAUAUUUAACUUUGAGCACAGGAAAAAAUAACAGAUUUCCAUUUUUGGAUAUUUUAGGGUAUUUAAAGAAUACCCACAAAAAUACCAAAUUUGGAAAAGUGAGACAAGUCUCAGGCAGGGAACUUGGUUGGGAAUUCCCUGGUUGGGACUUGUCUCACUUUGCCAAAUUUGGGAUUUUUAUGGGUAUUCUUUAAAUACCCUAAAAUAUCCAAAAAUGGGAAUCCGUCUUUUUUUCCAAUGGAGCAGCCUUGGUCAAAUUUUUGGUGUAUCUGCAAGCCCAGUGUGUGAAAACCUGUCCACUACAUGUAUACUGCCUAUUAUGUAUGAGCACUAUAUACAACGCUAUGGGCAUGACUGAUGCAUUUUCUGUUCACAUAAAUUGGCCAUUACGAAGAGCACAACAGUUGUUUUGUAGAAGAGAUCGAGGAUUCCACUUUUUGAAUUUUGAUACUGUUGUCGAUAAUCAAGGUUAUUUCCAGUUUGUUGCAGGUGGCUAUCUUUUGCAUGAUUACCAAAUGUAGAGUUCAGAAAACAACUUCACAUACCGCGCAACAUGAUUUGUGUCUCUUAGUGGAUGGAGGAUAUUCGGCAAUUUAUCCUCUGCUUACGAGGCUGCUGCCAAAUGGGAGCCCGGGAGCCUGAGGCUCCUACUAUUUACCCUCAGGCAACCAAAAUUUCAAGCUGGGAGCUUGAACGGGCACCUUAAACUUAUGAUUGUCAGACUAACUUCCAGUGAACAAACAACAAAAUUCGCUGCUCAUUCUGCGCUUUUGAAAUGGCAAUGGAAAAUGUUUGAUCGUCAGCCACAUGCAAAAUAAUACUUCUGCCAAUAGAAGGUACACAAACAGCACUAUGUCUGGAAAUUCACUUCUGUGACUUCCGCUGCAGAGCAGUUGAAGUUUCUCAUCUGAAAAUGGUGUUGAAUGAAUUUAAUAGUCUUAGAAAAACCUUUUAUAAUAAAAUCAUGACUUUUCCUUCAGCGAUAGAAACGUUAGGUUGCUACUGCAUGCAGUAAAAACUGAUAAAAUUAAGGCGCGAUCCAUGGAAAAGCAAGCUGGUUUCAAAUUACACAUGACAUUGGCUUGCUAUUAUUAAAAUAUUGCAAGUUUAUAGCGUUUUUGAGCUUGGUACGGACAUGAACGGUACACUCGGAGGUUUCUUUUACCAUUUAUUCAGCGUUAUCUACGCCUCCCUAUUUUUUGCUGUAACUUUUGAAAGGCUGGCAAAAAUAUUCCAGACAUUGAAAAUGAUUCACAGCGGCUAUUCAAGAUCAUGUUUCAAUCUCUUGUUAUUUACGGCGUUAUACAAACCUUCACAAAUAUAAAAACAGUUGUGAUAGUUCAAAAGAUAGACUUGAUACAAAAAUACUGAGUCGAUUUUCCAAACUUCUAGAUAAUAACCUUUCGCUGCUCUUUUUUUAUCACCUAAAAACUUAAACUUAAUUUUGCUUAAAUUGUACACGCAAGUGCUGUUGGUCGGUGCGUUCGCUCUCUGCAAAUGGUUGCUGUUGUGUUUCUCGAAAUCCUUUCGAGAGGUGAAUAUAAAAGAUGCUGGUUUCUCGAAACUCGAUUCGUUCAAGGCUUGAGUUCCUGGUUUUUUUUUGUCACGCAUCGCUCCUUAAACCUUCCCAACUUAUCUAGGAAGAUCGAAGGGCCUCUGCUCGCCGGGUAUAAAUUGAUAAACAUUAACUUCUCCAAAGAUAGAUCUUUCCAGUAAUACCUGGUUUUGGAUAUGCUGACCAAUCCUGUCAGAGUUACACUCACAAAAAAGGUAACAUUUUGGGGAAAAAUCCACUGCCAAUCAGGCGCUGUUUACAUACUACUCUUUGAAGAUUAAAUUUGCCCCUUUCCUUAAAAGUUAGCCACCCACAAUUCCAUGCAAAAAAGGACGAUAAAGUGGGCAAGAAAAAACUCCUAGUAAGCAAGAAAGGCAAAGGAAAAAAGAGAGUGAGAGAGAAAGAUCGAAGUAGAUUCGCAAAAAAGUGGUUUAAUUAUGUCAGAUUAGUCGAAAAAUAUGCCUUGUUUCUUGCAAAACCUAUUUUUAGCCAUUCUUAUGCUAAUUCAUAGAAAACUAGUCCAAAGAAGAGGAAUUGGUGAAAAAUGCGGUUUUUUUCGCUAUUCGCUGGCCGUCACCAAAGGGUUAAUAAAGUUACUGAUCUUUUUUGAUUGGGCUCCUAGAAAUGUAUCUCGGGCUCCUAACUUUUUAUUUUAGGAGCCCGAAGGGCUCCCAAAAUAUUGUCUCUGGCAGCAGCCUUGUGCUUGCAGCAUUUUGGAGAAGGAGAGGAUUACUAUCUGAGACCCUUGCAAAGAUGUGUAAAAUAUGGAGAGAUUACCCGAGCAAGAAUAUGUAUAAAAAAGCAAAUUGGAGUUCUUCCAGCAUGCUGAAGCAUCCCUGGCCGAUCUGGGAGAUUUCGAAAUCGACAGUAUUUUUUAACUGUAGUAGUUAAGGUUGUGAGAGCAUUUGUAAAUAGAAGAGAAAGGCUGAUAGAGACUAUCAGAGGGAUUUUUUAAAUUUUGGUGCUCAGUCGAUCUAGCCAGCUUAAAAGUUAAUUCCACAAGCGCCUAUGCCAGAAGUAUCUGACCAUCAAUAAAACCCAGAACUUGGAACAUUCCGGAACAUCCCAGAACGUGAAAAAAUCAAAGUGAUUUAUAAUAGAAAAAAUAAAUAACAACAUAACAUAAUAUAACAAGGAAAAAGAAACUGGUAUCAUCUCUGAAUAUGAGAAAACAAUAUUUUUUCACAAUUAAUUUGUUAGGCGAAUUAAAUUCAAAAUAUAUUAAAAAGGUUGCAAGGCAAUGCGAGGAGGGGCGUUUUCAAGCCGAUGGUCUGAAAUGUCGGUAAGUAUCUCAUGUCAAAACAAGUCGGCAAGUACUUCAUGUCAAGCCAACAUUAGUUGCGGUUACACACACCUCCUGCCGGAGGUUUCCCAAGGGGUAAUUGGCUUGGCUCAGGAUCGGCUUGGGUUGUGGUUGCAUUAUAUUUUCUGGCUACACUGCAAGUAAUUACCUGAGGUCAACUAUUGACUUGUCAGAUUUGUAAUUAAGCUUCGUACUUCAAUUUUUUCCCAGCUUGAGCAUUUACUUCUCUGACUUCUGUCACUUUUCUUAGACGAUUCGGCUUGAGAAAUGCUGGUCGGACUACAUGAAUGCAAAGCCACCUUUGGAACGUACUGAUUGCUACUUGCGUAGUAGGGAUAUUGAGCAUAUGCUGCCGGUAGAUUCUGGGAAUUUUCUUGGUCCCGAUUUCUGUAAGGGAACUUGAGUCUCUUUCAAAAUUACAAAGGGUUCAGUAUUAUUUUUCUAUUGGAAAAACAAAACAUACGAGCUGAAGAGGUUUAUGAAAGACUUCUACUUAUUUUUUAAUUACAAUGAGUGUAGAACGGGUGGCGAAUGGUAAAAUCCGCGACUCGCCGAGACGCCGAGACCCUAGUUAGAAAUCCGAACCCGAGACUCUUUGGUAAAAAGUUUCGAGACUCAAAAAAGUAAAAACAAACCAUGCAAAAACGAGACUUCGAGACUUACCAAAAACGCUUCCGAGAUUUCGAGAUCCUGCCAAAAUUUUCCGAGACCCACGUUUUUCGACGUACCAUUCGCCAUCCCUUGUAGAGCAACAACCAGGGAUGCACAACUUGGAUCACACUGCCCUGUUACCUGCCUUUCCCUUUUCCAAUGUUGUUUUGUUGUUUUUCGGUGUAAUUGCCUAAUUUCAAGACCAAUAUAGUAAGGGAGAGGGAAAAGGAGGUCAAGAACAAUUGUCAGCAUUAUUCCUUCAAUUGACUUAAGUUCUAAUAUCGUGAAUUAUCCCUGUUUGUGAAACUCAUUGUUGGCUGUCAUGUGAUUUAGUCUUCAAUGAUAAACCACAUGGAUUAAAGUGGAUAAUUGUGGUGGGAAAAAUAACUUACUGGUUGACCGUCAUAUAAAAAUGAAGUCAGUCUGACUAUUUAAAUUCUGUUGCUUAAACUUUGCCACAUAUGAUAACUUUCAGCAUUAUGAAAAAUUAAAAAACUAGACUAUACUCUCAAACAUACAGUCCAUGUGGUUAACCAUCAUAAAGAGAUCAUGUGACAGUCUGUGCUGAUUUCUUCUUUUAAAAAUUUGUUGAUUACAAAAUUAAUCCAUUUGACUGAUUCAAAAAAGGUUAUAAUAUUGUAGAUUCUAAGUACAUUUUCAGUAAAGCAAGUCCAAGAUGACAGUACAUUUACCUUUUUUCAAUCUCGCAUUUCAAGAAAAAAAAAUGAUAAAAGAACUGUUUUUGGCUACCUCAUUGUGCUGGCAUUAUUUAAUAGCUUUUGAUAUUUCAAAUCACUGUAUUUUAACUUUAAUUCUUUAACUUUCUUGUUUUCUCACAUCAGAGACGCUAUGUACCACCCUACAGACAUAUUCCUUCUCAACGAUUUUGCAAGCAUGCUAAGGUAAGUCAGAGUACUUAUUCCUUACAUCACAGUUACACGUGUAGCUACCAGUGAUAAUUGUUUAGUUGAAAGUUUUGGUUUUGUUGUCAAGAAAAAUAUCCAGUACCUAUUAGGUCAUUGUAAUUUUUUCCUUUCUUUUUGCCAUAGGAGGAUGAUCCAAGCUUACCAGAUGACUAUCAGAUAAUAAAGUGGUGA